GGGAUGCUGCUCGCGGUAGGCGACCGGUUGCCUUGGAGAUCCCCACCGUUAUUACUGCGUGUUACUCAUAGUCUCGUAUACAACAAAAAAGGCGGCUUUUAUUUGUUUGUAUUGGUUUCUGAGAGCCAAUUUAGGUGUCGAUUUAACCAUACAAGUGUAGAGGGACGGAAAAGAAAACACUCUACCGACUGCCUGAAUUCUUUAUGACUUUAUUAUUGCCCCUGAAAAGGGCGGAUACCAGUUCUGAGUCUCCACUCGGCGACAGCGGACAAAUGGGAAAUUUCGAUAUACAGCCAGUUAGGCGCCACUGAGAGUAAAAAGAAGAGGUUAUCUUCAGGACGAUCUUCAUAUAGAUUUUAAAAUCACUAAUGGGCAGAUAUAGAGGAGUUGCCUGUCAGACUGAGGCUGGUGUGACUCAGCCUGGAAACGUAACAGCAGCUCGUACUUGGCUCUCAGGUGGCUCCUUCACACCCACAUAGAGAAAGCGCAGCCCCAUUUUCAGAGUUGCAUGGCAGCGACUGGCUGCAGCUCACCACGGUGAUUACUUCACUUUGUCAGAGGGAACUCCUAAACUGUCCACCAGCUAUACUCUGCUCCAGUCGCGCUGCGUUUCUCUAAACACAUGGAUUUACAACUGCCUUUCCUGUGCUGAUGAAGAAAUAAUUCAAGGUCUCUAUAACAAAAUAAAAAACCGGUAAACAUGAGGACAGCAAGGCUUGACUCAUCUCUGGGAUCUAAUGGCGGCCUACUUAGUCAGUAGACCUAUUUUCAUUCAGGCUUCCCCGAUUCUCCAUUAGUGUGGCAAUAAUAGGGUGAAACUCGAAAAACAAUACAUCUGAAUUACUACAAGAGCAUUCAACAGAAUACACCAGAUCUGCCUUGACAGAGGAGGAGGAUCUGGAGGUCAGCUGGACUGCAGAAUGUUCUUCUAUUUCAGAAGGAUCAGGAAGGUUAAAUGUGUGCAGCUGACAGCGACGUGCUUUGUCUUCUCCGUUGUAAUGCUCUAUUGGGAUCAGCUGGACAACAACGUUGUGAGCCACAUGAGAUCCUACUCAUAUCGCUACUUAGUCAACAGCUACAACUUUCUGAACAAGAGCUUCUCUGUGAGCCGAGAAGUGGCAGAGAGCUUCGCCAACCACCGUUACUUAAUCAAUCGCAGACAUAGGUGCAAGGUUAAGGACUUACUGCUGCUGCUCAUGGUCAAGACUUCCCCAAAGAACACGGAGAGAAGGGCAGCCAUCCGCUGUACUUGGGGAAAUGAGACAUACGCACGCUCAGAACUGGGAGUGAAUGUGAGGGUGGUUUUUGUCCUGGGUGUGCACCCCAAGGAAUCCGACCGGGCCCGCCUACAAAAACAACUGCUCCAGGAGGAAAAAGAGUACAGGGACUUAAUCCAGCAAGACUUUGUAGACACUUUCCACAACCUCACCACCAAGCUACUCUUGCAGUUUCGAUGGGCCCACUCAUAUUGUAGCCAUGCUCAGUUCCUUAUGUCCGCCGAUGACGAUGUCUUCGUGCACAUGCCCAACCUGGUUCACUAUCUGCAAGAAAUGGGCCGGAGAGACGUCCGGGAUUUCUGGAUUGGCCGUGUGCACCGCGGAGCCCCACCCAUCCGCCGCAAGGAUAGCAAGUACUACGUUCCAUAUGAGAUGUACCCCUGGUCCACUUAUCCAGACUACACCGCAGGGGCUGGAUAUGUGGUGUCAGGGGACGUGGCCGCCAAAAUAUACCAGGCCUCGUUAACCCUCAACGCCACGCUCCACAUCGACGAUGUAUUUAUGGGGAUCCUUGCCAACGUAAUGGGUGUCUCCCCACAGGAACACGCAUACUUCUCAGGGGAGGGAAAAGCCCCAUACCACCCAUGUGUGUACCACAAAAUGAUGACCUCACAUGGACAUGUGAAAGAUAUCCAUUACCUCUGGAAGAUCUCUACAGAUCCACAGCUCCAAAAAGCUAACUAUGGACUCUUAGACGACCUAUAUUGCCAGGUAGUAAAAAUAACACUGUUCUGUAAACCAUACUAUUUUAACACCUACCCUUGCAAAGCAGCCUUCUUGUAAUGUGUGAAAAGUAUUGGUUAGUCGCAUGCUUAUUUCAAAUAUCACAAUAUCAAUGAAGAAGGGGGGCUUCUGUAUGUUGACUUUAUAUGCGCAUAUAGUUAAAUAAAGUUUUUCUAGCAACCUGAUCUGCCCCUCCGUUAACCAUGGUUCAGGCCUGGAGGAUCUUCAGACAAAAAAAGUAAGAAGUCCUAGUGGGUCAUGCAAGAGAAGAGUCUAAGGAGAGUAGAACACAAUCCAGACAUACUGCCAGUUGCCAGAUAAUGAUAAUUCUAUUUAUCCUUUCGAUGUCAUUAAAUUAAACUGAUUUAAAAGGUC